AUGCUCAACAAACCCUUCAAGCCCCCGGCCUUGAUCCGCAAACCCUCAGAGUCCCAUCCGAUACCGGGUCCCCCAGUUGAACCACCGUCUGCCCCGCCCUCCAAGAAACGCCGCAUCUCCUACGACAAUGACGAUCCGCCGAGGCCGUCGCCUGCCCCGGUCCCAGCGCGCAAACCCCUCCUACAAGUCGUAAAUCCUGCUCGAGUCGACACACCAUACGAUGACACUACGUCAGGCUACUACACGGUAUUGUGGCGCAAGCCUACGGCAAAGAAGCACAAGACAUGGGACGGCGACGCCAUACUCUGCCUAUCCAACGGCUAUGCCCAGCUUCAGGAUACAUCCGGCCGCCCCAUGGGAAAAACAAUGUGGUCAAAGCCACUGGAGCCUGGCUCAACCCUCUCGGUUGGUGGCAAGGAGCUGGAGGUCGACGCUGUCAUCUCCAAACAGGACUUCCUCGCAGGACGCCAUGUCUUGAGCGCCAACGGUCCUGUCGCGCCUAAGCCUGCAGUGACCCAGUCGAGCAAUAACAAACCCCUGCUCACAGUAAAUCCCACACAAGUCCAGAAGAUUGCAGUCAAAAGCUCGGGGAAACCAGACGUCGGACUUUCCGUUCCAGCUUCAACGCAGAGUCGCCCUCCGACUUCCAAAUUCAGGAAUCCGCUUUUGACGAGUACUACUUUACCGAAACAAUCCAACACAACGAUGCCCCAGGCGCGUCAUGAUCCCGACGCGCCCGGUGCUCUUGUCAUGAAACGCCCACUGCCGAUGCAUAUUCCCCGGGGCAAGCAAGCAGUUGACGUCGUGGUUGAUCCAGUCCUCUCCAAGCACCUCCGCGACCACCAGCGCCAAGGUGUCCAAUUCCUCUACGAAUGCGUUAUGGGAUUUGGUGCCUAUAAUGGCCGAGGUGCCAUCCUAGCUGACGAGAUGGGCCUCGGUAAGACACUACAGACUAUCACUCUGGUCUGGACCCUGCUCAAGCAAAACUUCGUUUACGAUGACCCACCCGCGGUGAAGAAAGCCAUCAUUGUUUGCCCGGCCGGCGUUGUCAGCAAUUGGCGUAAAGAGUUCCGCAAGUGGCUUGGGAUUGAGCGACUUGGUGUCUUCGUUGCUGACGAACCAGGGAAACGGCUGACGGAUUUCACUCGGGGUAAAUGCUACAAUGUCAUGGUCAUCGGAUAUGAGAAGCUGCUCAAGUCUCAUGAAGAUAUCAAGAAGCAUUGUAACGUCGACCUGAUUGUCUUGGACGAAGGUCACAAGCUCAAGACAGCCAAAGGCAAGACGGCGCAGGCAAUCCGUAAUCUCGGUACAGAUCGUAUUGUGCUGCUGUCGGGCACUCCGUUCUCCAACAACCUGCUCGAAUUUCAUACCGUUGCUGAUCUGGUCAAUCCCGGCAUCUUCGGAAAGCUGAAUGCGUUCAAACGCGAAUUCGAUGGCCCAAUUGUACGCGGCCAGCAACCAGACGCUACUGCCAAGGAGAGAGAGAAAGGAACUGCGCGAUAUGAGGAACUUGACAAGCUGUCCAAGCAGUUCAUGCUCAGAAGGACUGCUGAUAUCCUCUCGAAAUACUUGCCGCCAAAGACCGAGCACGUCCUUCUCUGUCGCCCGACUGCGGCUCAGGCACAAGUCUACCGCAGUGUACUUGCAUCCCCGGCCUUUGGCGCUGCUCUUGGCAGCAAUGAGAAUGCACUUCAACUCAUCAACAUUCUUAAGCAAGUCUGCAACAGCCCAAAGCUAUUAUCCGCCACGAAAAAGGAUGAAAGUCCAAACCCAGUCAUGGCGGCCAUACUGGAAGCGAUUCCUUCCAAGCUGCUCAACAGCAGAGCCAGCGCGAAACUACACGUUCUCGACGGUCUCCUUCACCGAAUCCGAACGACAACUGACGAGAAAGUCGUCCUCGUUUCGCACUACACAUCGACACUGAACAUCCUCGAGGAACUGCUAAAUUCCCUCUCGUACACUUGCCUGCGCAUCGACGGGUCCACGCCAGCAAGCAAACGGCAGGAAAUGAUCAACAAAUUCAACAACUCCAACGCAGACCGAUGCUUCGUCUUCCUCCUCUCCGCCAAAGCCGGCGGCGUCGGCAUCAACCUCAUCGGCGCGUCCCGGCUCGUGCUCUACGACAUCGACUGGAACCCGGCCCACGACCUGCAAGCCAUGGCGCGGAUCCACCGCGACGGCCAGAAACGGCCGUGCAGGAUCUACCGGCUGCUGACCAUGGGCGCCCUGGACGAGAAGAUAUUCCAGCGGCAGGUGACCAAGCAGGGGCUCGCCGACAGCGUCAUCGACAGCAAGUCGUCUUCGGCCAGCUUCACCAAGGAGGAGCUGCGCGACCUCUUCACGCUGAACGACGACGCCGAGUGCCAGACCCACAGGCUCAUCUGCUGCCCUUGCGGCGGCCGCGGCAACGGGGGUGGCCUGGUUCCUGCUGCUGCUGCUGCUGCUGCUGCUGCUGCCGCAGACGAGAACGGUGGUGCGGCGAAGGAUUCGGCAAGCGAAACCACGGCUGACGACGACGACGACGACGACGACGCCGGCAACGACGACGACGCCGGCGACGGCGACAGCGAGGACGACCUCCCGGACCUCCCGACGUUGCUUCGGGCGAGCCAAGUCGACAUGGAGGGGCAGGAGAAGCGGCUGAGCGAGGCGCGCCGGGCUCCCAAGGGGGAGAAGGCGAAGAUGGUUUCGCUCAUGCAGUACGCACACGUCGACACGUCUCUCAUCUCCGGCUGCUCGGACGGGCUAGCUGCCGCCGCCGCCCCUUCCGAACUGGUCGUUGCAGGUCCUUCGGGGGACGGUCACGCUGGCGGCGAGCAGGACGUUGUCGAUUUCGAAGCCCUGAUCGACGACGAGCCCCUCAUGGACGUGAUCAAGGAGGAAGGCUCGAGGGUCAGAUUCGUCUUCUCGAAGACUUCGUCGUGA